AGUCCUCUUUUAACUACAAAACCCUUUCCUCUUAUUUAGUAUCGCCGCCUUCGAUCCAUUGAUUUUCUGUCUGAAGAUUUCUCCUAUCUUUAACACCCUUGUAUUGUUUUUAGAAUUGCUUCCUUUGAUCCAUUGCUUUUCUCAUCAUAAACAACAAUGGCUGUCCUGGUGGAUCACUACAGCGUGUUAGGCCUUGCAUCUAUUACAGGACCUAACCUGACAGACGAAGAAAUCUCCAAGGCUUUUAAGAGGAUGGCAUUGCAGUUACAUCCUGACAAGAACCCCCGUAAUCCCAAUGCCAAUUCCAGUUUCCAGAAACUGCUCUCCUCCUAUGAAAUUCUCAAACAUCCAAUUUCCCGCAAAGAAUUUGAUCAUCUUCUUCAAGUUCAACAACAACGUCAGAAUCAGGCUCAGAAUUAUCAUCAGAAUCAUCAUCAGUGUGGCAACAAGCGGCAGAGAGAUCAACAAGAAGAGUCUUCCAAGAAGCGUCCGAGACAACCCAUGGAUCCAAAGACGCCUUCUGAACCACCAAAGGAGCCUUCUUUCUCAAAGAAGAAAUUCGUUUCGGAAUUUGAUCGCAUUAGUAAAUUAGUUGCUCAAGGUGGUAUUCACAAAUUGGCAGUUAACGAAGGCUAUCAUCAUAUUAGAUUGUUUUAGACUUUAAUAUGUUUAGUAGUAUGGGUAUGUAUUACUAGCAAAUUUACCGAAACGAGAUAUGUAAUUCUUUUGGUACGAAUGAGAAAACUCAAUUCAGUUAUUGCUAUGUAUUAUGUUGCAGUCUUUGAUCUUCAUAUAAUGCUUGAUGUUGCAAGGUUUA